AUGGCGCGUGUGUCUGGAGCUGCCAACUGGUGGUUCAAUGUCAGUGGCGUGCAGAUCGAACCCGUGCCGGCCUGGACUCCGAAUUUCGCUCAAUACGGAGCGGGAGUGCAGUUUCCCUGGGAGAAUCGUCCAUGGAACAACCACUCGACGAGGCUGUUGGUCCAGGAUUUUCUGAUCGAUAAGCGUCCUGUGACCAACGCUCAAUAUUCGGCCUUCCUCAAGGCCAGUGGCUACAGUUUUAAGUCGCUGGACCGCUUUUUGCUGCACUGGGAGAACCGUCAAGGUGCUCCAGCGUCGUGGACUGUGUCUCCUUCCUUGGCACAUGUGAAUGUUGCUCUAGAGGACGCUCAAGCGUAUGCCAAAUUUUACAAUAAGCGUCUUCCGCAUGACUGGGAAUGGCACUACCACCCCAUCUCGGCUACGCAUAGCGACCCCAACUGGUACUCUCCUCAAGCUCUGGACGCGCAGCAUCAUAACCGCUUCCUAAUGAUCAGCGAAGGCUACGAUCGCUCCCCCAUGGUGGGAUUUCGCUGGUAA